AUGAAAAAGAGCAAUCUCUCAUCUACUUUCUCUUGGCCUUUCUGUCGCCUCAAACUCCUUUCUACAGUAAUUGAAAAUCGGAAUCAACAAGCUGAGAGACCAAAGCAAGCGAUUCGAUCCGGAAGAUGGAAAGCGUUGUGUGGAGCGGGCAUACAUAUACUACCUAUUAUAUUCACCAUAGUUUUAUUGUUCUUGAAUGCUUCUACUGUCUAUGCGACUUCGAUAGGUGUGGGCACUGCAAGUGUAAACGCUCGACUCAAUGGGCUACAAUUCGCGGCCAAAAUACACGAGAUACUCAUCGGAGCUUCCUUAUCAUCUAUGGUUCUAUCUCUUGUUCAAUACAGAAUCUUUCAGGCUGGAGUACCAAUUGGUAGUCUCUUCAUUACUUUCAGAAUCACCGACCUUACAUCACUCUUAAGUCCCGAAUUCUGGGCUGCUUUGACUGCUGAUAGAUGCCUCGAAAGACGUACGUCCCUUGGUUUUCUAUGUCUUUUGACCGUAAUUUCAACUAUACUAGCCGCUGUGAGUGGUCCUGCGUCUGCGAUCUUGAUGAUACCAUCUCUAGAUUGGUGGAACUUCCCCUUUUCAAAAGAUUCCUUUCUGCCUGGUACGGACUUCCGACCGUGGCUUCCGAACGAAUCAAGCUUUCCAACAGGUGCAUUCCGAGCAGAAAUUAUUUUUAACGAACUAUGGCCAAAUCACAUUGAUCGCUCAUAUUCCUAUUCCUCGGUUUGUGGGUUUAGCAAUAAACUAUUUACCGAGCAAUGUCCAGCUGGUGGCCAUUCUGUUAUUCAAACGUGGGCUCGCACACAGGAAUCUUCUUUUCUUAAUGAUUCAUGGAACAUAACAAUGCCGAUAGCACUUUCGAACAGCGCCCAUGAUUCAGUGGGAUUCUCCGUGAAUACAAUAUACAGUAGUCGUUUUAUUGAGGGGACAGGGCGCCAUUAUAAUACUAGCGAUCGUUAUGGUCCUGAAUACACAUUGAGUUGGAACCAGAGAGCGUGGUACAUGGGUCAGACGAGUUCUGUACUCGCUACUGGUGCUCUUUUAAAUAUUGCUGGGAUACAUACUACUUCUGAAAAUGAAACUACCAGAUUGCAAGCAUUGGUCAAUGAUAGGAGUCCCCCAACCCCCCAAGCAUUUGCUGCCUGUUCGGAAUUUUACUAUAAUGUAUCAAAUGAGAAGGGCACCAACAAAUCAAAGUACAAAUCCUCCCUCGAUAGGGGUGGUGAUAUUACGAAAUGCUUCAAACCCUAA